CGUCUGUUCCACGAUCCACAUGGAGCCACCUCAUUCCUGUCGUCUCCCGCGUAUAUAUAUAAAACGUCACCCGCACACUGCUCUUCAUCUUUUUUAUUCGCUCCUUUUCUCCGAAUCGUACGGCCUCAGAUCCAUAGCCGUCCAGAAAAAAGCAGAGACUAAAAAACGUCGUCGUCGUCGCAGUGGUCGGUGAAGAUGGCUGGCACGUGCUCCACCGUCGAGCCUGCGGGCGCUGGAGAGAUCAUGCUCUUCGGCGUGCGCGUGGUGAUCGACUCCAUGAGGAAGAGCGUGAGUUUGAACAAUCUCUCGCAGUACGAGCAGCCUCAAGAGGGCUCCAACAACAACAGCGGCAAUAACACCAUCGCCGGCAAGGAUGACGUGGCCGGUUACGCCUCCGAGAACGACGUAGUUCACAAUUCUGGCGGAAAUCGCGAGCGCGAACGCAAGCGAGGGGUUCCAUGGACGGAGGAAGAGCACAAGCUAUUCCUGCUAGGGUUGCAGAAAGUGGGGAAGGGCGAUUGGAGGGGGAUCUCUAGAAACUUCGUGAAGACUCGCACACCCACUCAGGUCGCCAGCCACGCUCAGAAAUACUUUCUGCGCCGAAACAACCACAAUCGCCGCCGCCGCAGAUCUAGCCUCUUUGAUAUCACAACAGAUACGAUCACUGCAACUCCAAUGGAUGAAGAGCAAGUACAUCAUCAAAAUAACACAUCUCAAUCACAUCCAUUGCCACCUCCACCACCAUCUGAGGCUUGCAAUCCUAGUGGAUUUUCGAUGUUGCCAAAUUUUCCAUUGACUGUAGGUCCAGCUGUCUUGCCAGUUCCCAUUGAGAAUCCAAUGGGAAAUCUAACCUUGGGACACGCAAAUCUUGAGAACAAUGCUUCGGCUAAGCUUGUCCGUCCAAUUGCCCUUCAUUCUGCCCCUCAUGCUACAGCAAUGUCUGAUCUAAACUUGAAGUCGACAAUGGACACAUCGACUCUAACCCUCAACCUCUCCUUGUCAAUGGACCCGAGGGAAUCGUCAUCAAGGCAUUUGGCUUUCCAGGCAAUGCCAAGCUUCAGCAAUGGGGAUAGCAUUAUUAGUGUUGCUUGAGAGUGUGCUGAUUUGUGGAAAUGGUUUAUAAUUAGAGCAAAAUGGGUGAGAUAAAGUGAUCCCAAAUCCCCAAAUUUGACAAUGGAUUAGAGAGGGCAAGGUAAUUAGGUGACUGAAUUUGUUCCUUUUAGUUUGUUGUACAGACCCCCCCAAGAUAAUGUAAUGUCCUGUUCUUGUUGUUCUGUGGUAUUAUCUCAUAGAUUCCCCUUGUUUUUUCAUUUGGCUCUUUUUGUUAGCAGCUGAUAUAACUGGAAAAUAACUGGUACGGUCUACAGUGUUUUGAUUGCCGAUUUUGGUCCCCUGGUGGGCCUGGUCUGAACUCGUAAGUGGUUUACAUGUCUUUGUGAGGAAACAAAUAUCAAGUUGGGUUUUGGUGGGGAA